CUCCACCGGUCCUACACGCUUCUGGUUCUGACACAGACUCAGAAAGAAUCCACCAUGGUGCUGUCCUCUGAUGACAAGGCCAACGUGAAGGCUGUCUGGAGCAAGAUUGGCAGCCAUGGCGCGGAAUACGGCGCGGAGGCCCUGGCCAGGAUGUUCCUGAGUUUCCCAACCACUAAGACCUACUUCCACCACUUUGACCUGAGCCCGGGCUCCGCCCAAGUCAAGGCCCAUGGCAAGAAGGUGGCAGAUGCGCUAACCAACGCCGCUAACCAUCUGGACGACCUGCCCAAUGCCCUGUCGGCUCUGAGCGACCUGCACGCCCACAAGCUGCGUGUGGACCCUGUGAACUUCAAGUUCCUGAGCCACUGCCUGCUCGUGACUCUGGCUGCCCACCACUCGGCAGAGCUCACCCCCGCGGCCCACGCCUCCUUGGACAAAUUCUUGGCCACUGUGAGCACUGUGCUGACUUCCAAAUACCGUUAAGCUGGAGCGAACCUGCCCCUGCCUGCGGGGUCUCCUGUCAGGCCCUUCUCCCUUCCUUGCACCUGUACCUCUUGGUCUUUGAAUAAAGUCUGAGUGGGCGGCAA